CGCCGGUGUCGCGCAUUUAUGGCACGUCUUGUAUGCGCGCGAUCUUGACCGUUAGAAAAUUGCGCCAUUUUUUAGUUGCCGAGCGCAAUUGAAUUGUUUAGUGGAAAGCAACCGCGUACGGUGAGCGUGCUGAGAACGGUCCAGAUUAUUUGUAUCGCGGUGUUCUCUGAAAUUAGUAAGUAGGCCUUCACCUGCAAUCCAUUCACCGAUAACAACAAUAAUCCAUCCACGUGUGCGGCUCCGUGACGAUACGAGCGUCAUCGGAGGGCAAGCGGGAUUGAUCAUCGAUCGAAAUAACGAGCAGCGAGGAGACUCGUCCGAGCUCGUGUCUGUAAGGCCCCAGCCUGGAAGGUGACGGUGCAAACCGGAUUGUUUCAGUCGGGAUCACGAUUACUCGCCUGACCGAACAAAAUGUCGGUGGACACGCUGACCGAUUCCGAGCUGCGGACCAAACUGAUGGAGUACGGCUAUCCGGUGGGACCGGUCACACAGACGACUCGUAAAAUACUCGCUAAAAAACUCAAGAACCUGAUUGAGACCCGCGGUGGCGUCGGAUCCCGACAUUCGUUAGCCGCGAGAUAUAGCAGUGAUGACACGGAUGAUGAUACCAACACGAGUGCCGUUAAGAAGAAGAAGAGUGCAUCGAACUUGCGCCGGCAGACACUGUCGAAUCCCAUGCCACCACCCUCUUCAAUAACCUCUGAUACUGUAAAUACAGUGAAGAAUCUGGUCAAAGAGAAUCUAUCGCCACCUCAUUCAGAAUUUAAAGAUCCAGCACCAGCAGGAGCAAGUUUCGAGUGCAGCCCAGUUGCUUCUACGAUGCGCACGACUUCGAAAACUGUUCAGAACAGAUUUGUCAGGACGCAGAAGUCAUCCGCUAUGUCCGAUGGCUUGGACACUGGAUCAGAUUCAGAUGUCAUGGAGGAUACAGCAAGCACAUUUGGCGCACGCUCCAAGUACCUAUCCAACACCAACAGAUUGUACGAUUCUCACAGAAUAGUUGAUCGCGGACCGACAUACGAACUCGACCAAACGUUGAGAGCAAAGCCGGUCCACAUGACGACGAAGGACACCAAGUAUAAUGUAAGCCCCAUGAAAUCUAGCGUCUCCACGAUGCAAUCUCUGAAGGAUGAUACGAGCGGUAGGGACAGUACUAAUCAGAGAGAUCUUCUUGCCAACUACGAGACUCCAUUUUUAUCAGAGUUCACAAGAAGACUUAGUUCGCGAUCGUUGAUAAACACAUCGCCAACGUCGCCAUUGUCGAACUUAAAGAGUCCUACAUUACGCCAUACCCUGUCCGGCUUACCAGAGGUAAAGGAGAAGGACUCGAACGGCCACUUUUCUUCCUUGAGAAUGAUGUACUCGACAUCGACUCCCAGCACAAGGCACAAUGCGUCGUCGUCCGUCGACAGAGUUCGAGAUAUUACAAGUAGAUCGACUUACAAACCGUCAACGACAAGCAACAGAGAGGACGUACGAAACAAUCAGAAUAUCGUGUCGGUGAUCCUCGUGGUAGUGCUCGCUCUAUUCUUCGGAGUUCUCGCGAUAAUAUAUCUGGGGCUUGGUGGAAAAACUGAGACGCUACCGUCAUUCUCAACGGAUAACAACAUACCGCAGUGUUUCUCCGAUGGAUCUCCCGAUCUUAGAGUACCUGGAGUAAAUUGUGUAAUGAAGGAAAACAUAGAUUCCGUGUUGCAACUAUUAAGACAUCUACAGCCUCUAUUAACGAGAAAAGCGGUAUCUAAGAUAUGCGAGAAUUCAAACGAGAAAUCGUAUUUGACCGAUGCGGAUAUUGUGGAAACGUUCACGAGCGAGAAAGUGUCAAGCCUCGAGGUGAAGGAGGAUCUGCACAGCGCGCAAUUUUUAAUCAUUAAGAAUCCCAAAUGGGGUAUUUCGCUAAUAGAUAUAAACGACGAAAACGGACCGACUAUUGAAGUGUUGGAUACUCUGGAUAAAUUAUUUUCCGCUCGUCUAGAUGGAAAAGUCGGAAUGGUAAUCCUAAGUCCCGAGCUGCCGAUGCAAUGUCUUGUUAAGAACAAGCUCUUUACCAUAUUUUCUUCUCUCCUUAUAGCGGCAUUCGGUAUAUUUGCGGUAAUUGGGACUCACAAAUUAUUCCUCUGGUAUGUAAAAUAUAAGAAAUCUACGGAAAGAGAGGUGUUCAAACUUGUUAGUGAAAUUUUAAACAUUGUCGAGACACAUCAUCAAAAUGCGUCCACUCAACCUGGUGGCACGCAGGAUAGUUUCCUCGCUAUAAAUCAUGUGCGAGACAAUCUUAUUCCACCAAAAGAUCGUAAGAAGAUGUCCGGUCUCUGGGAGAAAGCGGUAAAAUUUUUAGAUGAAAAUGAAUCGAGGAUACGAAAAGAGGUACAACAAGUGGCGGGAGAAGAAUUCUGUGUGUGGCGAUGGUUGCCGAAUAACAGUUUGAAUAAAUCUCCCGUGCAAAGUACGACUUCGUCGAGUAAGAAGCCGAAGGUCUGGCAAGGACAGGCGUUCGAAACGAUGGAGGGAUCUGUUAACAGUUUGACAUGUUCGCCGACACCUUGUCUAAAAAUUAGGCACAUGUUUGAUCCAGAAAUGGAAACCGAAGAUGACUGGGAGACGAAAGUACAAGACGCUAUUUUAGAGAAGUGCGGUGAAAGUGUAAAGAUUCUCCAUAUUCGAGUGGACAUUGGUAGCCGUGAGGGUUGUGUCUAUAUGAAAUGCCUGUCACAGGAAGACGCCGGGAAAGCUUACAGGGCAUUACACGGAUGUUGGUUCGAUGGUAAUUUAGUGACUGUAAAGUACCUGAGAUUAGAGCGUUAUCACGAGCGGUUUCCCGACGCCGCCGUCCGUUGUGUAACGCCUCUCAAGCCAAGCAACAAUCAACGAUUAUCUAUGCAGGCGCAUUAUUGGCAGUGUCCUGCGGAAUCGAAUUAACAGUGCACAUUUCUGUUCGGUUCAUUCAGCGGAAGAUGGUUCGUGCACACACAACUGUCUGCCGACCGACACUUACGAAAUCCAUCUAUUUUCUUGCUUCGAGAUAAAAUACUUUCGUGCUACAGCGCAUAUAUUGCAAGUGGAGAUUGUAACAGUGUGAUAACAUCCAAGGAUUGAAGAGACUUUUUUAUAAGCAUUUUUUUUAAUUCUCGUUAACUUGUGUAUUAUAUUCUACUCUAUAUCUUUCAUGAAGAACGAGGGGGAUACGUGUUUUUAAUAGUUGAGUAAUAUAAUAAUAAUAACAGUAACAUAUAAUAGUA